AGAGUUAACAAGUUCUUCAUUAAAUGACAAAAACUGCAAAUUUUUGGCGUUCAUGUCUUGUUCUCAUUACGACCCUCCGGACGAAAUCAAUCCUAAAGACAUUCCACGCUAUGUGAAGGCACACACCGCCUUGGGAGGCGGGCAGCUUGGCUUGUUUGGCACAGCAGGGCUGCACACCUGGGCUGGAGAGGUGGGGGAGUUGGUGAACUGUUUCACUGACAGCAAGGAAAUUGAUAAGAAGAAAUUAUUCGAUGAUAGCGCUGGAAGGUAUGUGAUAAACCAAUUUAGAGUCUCGAGUCCAAGGGUGGGUUGUCUACAAAAUUUUUGUAGUUCGCUAUAACUACAGCUACUUCAAAAAUAUGUAGUCAGGUACAACUACUAUACUACUUUUGAACAAAGUUUGUCAAAGGUAGUUCGCUACUGACUACAGCUACUGCUUAAAAAAAUGUAGCGAACUAUUUUGCUAUUUCGUUACGCUAUAUAUUUUAGUUUUACUGUAUUUGGAGCAUCUACUAACUCAGGCUGUAAUGUAACUUACUGUAUAACAAAUCCACUUACGAGUAGCAACAGUGAACACAAAGCAACAUUUUUGUAAGCACUACAGUGUUCAAGAGUGAAAAUUGAGUAUUGAUUUUAAACAAACUGUGUCUCAAUAUCAUGCUAUUCUAUCAAGUUGCUAACAAUUUUAAAAAAUAGCGAAUAGCGAUUCGUUGUUUGAAAAGUAGUCAACUACUUGGCUACUUUUAGGCAAAAUGUAGUUCGCUAUAACUACAGCUACUGUUUUAAAAAAGUAGUAAAAAACUACUGGCUACUUGAAAAUUGUAGUUCGCUACAGUAGCGAACUACAACUAUAGCUACUACCCAACCUUGGUCUCGACUGCAUAUCGAAAUGACGUUCUCUGUCUCGCGAUAAAUUGCAGUUGAAAUCUAACAUGUAAUUGAGAAUGAAAGUAUUAUAAUUAGCCUGGAUUUCGGUGUAUUUUGAGCCUGGUUUCCAUCUGGUCGUAACCGUCGUAAAGAUUGAGUGACGAUCUUUCUCAUCAGCCGAAAUACAACAUUUUAGAACUGAAAAUACGCAGAGUGAUUAUAACUAGAGAAUACUUAUGAUUUAUAUGUGGUUUACAGGUAUAAACUAUAGUGAACACUGGAUCAAUAAAAGAUGAUCUUUACUGGACCUUUUAGGAAGAAGAGUUUAGAACUGAUAGAGCUAUUCAUUUUAAAAACAUUAGUCUAGUUUAGGUUUUCGUCUGUAGUAACACUGGAUCAAUAAGAGAUAAUCCUUGCUGGACCUCUAGGAAGAACACUUUAAAACUGAUAGAGUUAUCCAGUAUAAAUAAAGUUAGUUUAGUUUAGGUUUCCUCCUGUAGUAACACUGGAUCAAUAAGCGAUGAUCCUUACUGGACCUCUAGGAAGAUCAGUUUAGCACUGAUUGAGCAACAACACUCACAAAGUGUGCAAUGUGAAAAGGGACAUUGCACUUCGCUACUGCUUUAGAAACCAGUAAUUCAUCUGUGUGAAAAGUGGCAGUCAUUUGAACAAUGAUUACACACCAACAAAUCGUAAGAUUUUCACGGUUCUCAAAUAUCCCUCCAGCCUACCUACCUAAGUUGGGGGAACAGAGACACUGACAGACAUGCCUACAAUAGUAUCCGGUAUAAAUAAAGUUAGUUUGAUAAGUGAAGUGAUAGAGUUAUCCAGUAUAAAUAAAGUCUAUGUUAGAUUGUCAUAUGUUUAGUAUGCGUACUACAAUUCAUUCUGAAUUGUUUUAUAUUUCCAAAAUCUCCAGGGGAACAUACUGGGCGAAUUAUUCGACGACCCUUGGCGCAGCGCUUCAUGAACUUGGCCAUUGCUUCGACCUGAUGCACAUGCCAGAGGGAAUUAUGGCAAGAGGAUUUGACGACAUGCAUAAGUUCGUGUUGAUGACGUCAUCAUUACGUCAUUGCCUACCCCCAGCAGAGUCGACUGACGUCAGCAACGCGGUACCAAGAGCCAUGGGGAUGUUCGCUGACCACAGAGCGCACUGGUUCAGAUCUUCAGCUGUUCUUUUGCAUUAUCAUAAGUAUGUAUCAACAACCUCGCGUUUGAAGUUUUCUAUGCGAAUUUUCAACGCCUAGAGACAACUUUUAACGUAAGCCAUUUUCCAUAAAAAAUUUGGAGUGUUUGAAUGCUGGGUUUAUGUCUAUAGAAGAAAGCGAAGUGUUUUGAGCUUAUAGUUUAAGAAUAAAUGCAGUUCAGACACCUGGUGUGUUUGUGAAUAACAUAUGGCGGUAACUUUACCGGAGUUUUGUAUCUUUUAGUAUCAAUGGAUUACUCCAGCUAAGACAAGAAUGACGAAAUCCAUCAUUAUAGCUCAAAAGAACAUCCUAAUAUUACUAAAAUUGCAAAGUUUGGUUGCGAAAUGUUGUAAAGUACGAAAAAUAUAGUCCUGUGAAAUUAGCAAAUUUUGAGUUUUUAGCAGUACGCGCUGAAAAAUGCACCACUUUUGAGUCGAAAGUUGUGAAUUUUUCCGCGCGUAAUACUAAAAUACUCAAAGUUUGCUAAUUUCACAGGGCUAGGGCUAUAUUUUCAUAUUUAGUACAACAUUUCUCAACCAAACUUUGCAAUUUUACUAAUUUAAGGAUGCUCUUUUGAGCUAUAAUGAUAGAUUUCGUCUUUCUUGUCUAGAUAAAAAAUUAUUGGAAAGCUGGAAUCACCAAUUCAUGUGUGGCAAAAUUUGCGAAAAAUAGCUUCUUUGAUGACUGUAAAAUUAUAACAAUGAUCAUGGGCGUACGUGGCUGAUGCUUUCCAGGGGGGCAGUUGAAAGUUUGCCCGAAUUUUCAUGGAGGAUUGUAAUGAAAUUGCCUGAAUUUCACCUAUUUUCUGAUAAAUCUGCCCGAAUUUUCUUGAUUUUUCCUAACAUUUUCCCGAAUCUCUAUGGUUUUCCAAAAUUUGAGGAGGGGGGGCAGUUGCCCCCCUGCCUCCUGUCUCGCACGCCUAUGACAAUGAUCAUGAUAAUAUAAUAGUUUUGUUUGUGGAAACACCACGUAAAUUUAUUACUGCAAAGCUUUCGAUCCGCAAGCCCGGAUCUUCAUCAGUGCUAAUAAUAUGUGCACAUAUUAGCACUGAUGAAGAUCCGGGCUUACGGAUCGAAAGCUUUGCAGUAAUAAAUUUACGCGGUGUUUCCACAAACAAAACUAUUAUAUGUUUUAUCGCCAUGCAAACAUACAAAGAACUUAAUGAUCAUGAUUUUAGAAAAACUGCCCUAAACAGGGAAACGCUAAUAUAUUUUUGAAACUUCGCCCUUUUUACAGCGCCAUUUUCACGUUUAAACUUGGCGUAUAAAAAUCUGUCUCUAAAUUACUAAACCAUUUCUGUUAGAUGGCUUCAGCCCUGUAGCAAGUCGCCCCUAACUGCAAGAGAAAAUUGCCAGCCUUGCAUUCACGUCAACUGGUCGCAUGACGUGAAAGGACCAAUAGGAAACGGCGGCGGAGGUCAAGAGAACCAAUCAUAUUUCGAUGACGUCGCUUGGCACAAGUCGCGGGAACUUACUCCAUCUGGAUAUGUCGUUUAUCAUGGGGAGUAUAUUAAUGCUGUAGUUCCGCUGGCUGCAACUGUUUCUGGCGAAAUAAGUGAAGGUAAACUAAACUAACUUUAUUUAUACCGGAUAGCUUUAUCAGUUCUAAACUGUUCUCCCUAGAGGUCUAGUAAGAAUCAUCUCUUAUUGAUCCAGUGUUAGUGUGUUACUACAGGAGGAAACCUAAACUAAACUAGCUUUAUAUACUGGAUAUAGCUUUAUCAGUUCUAAACUGUUCUCCCUAGAGGUCUAGUAAGAAUCAUCUCUUAUUGAUCCAGUGUUAGUGUGUUACUACAGGAGGAAACCUAAACUAAACUAGCUUUAUAUACUGGAUAUAGCUUUAUCAGUUCUAAACUGUUCUCCCUAGAGGUCUAGUAAGAAUCAUCUCUUAUUGAUCCAGUGUUAGUGUGUUACUACAGGAGGAAACCUAAACUAAACUAGCUUUAUAUACUGGAUAUAGCUUUAUCAGUUCUAAACUGUUCUCCCUAGAGGUCUAGUAAGAAUCAUCUCUUAUUGAUCCAGUGUUAGUGUGUUACUACAGGAGGAAACCUAAACUAAACUAGCUUUAUAUACUGGAUAUAGCUUUAUCAGUUCUAAACUGUUCUCCCUAGAGGUCUAGUAAGAAUCAUCUCUUAUUGAUCCAGUGUUAGUGUGUUACUACAGGAGGAAACCUAAACUAAACUAGCUUUAUAUACUGGAUAUAGCUUUAUCAGUUCUAAACUGUUCUCCCUAGAGGUCUAGUAAGAAUCAUCUCUUAUUGAUCCAGUGUUAGUGUGUUACUACAGGAGGAAACCUAAACUAAACUAGCUUUAUAUACUGGAUAUAGCUUUAUCAGUUCUAAACUGUUCUCCCUAGAGGUCUAGUAAGAAUCAUCUCUUAUUGAUCCAGUGUUAGUGUGUUACUACAGGAGGAAACCUAAACUAAACUAGCUUUAUAUACUGGAUAUAGCUUUAUCAGUUCUAAACUGUUCUCCCUAGAGGUCCAGUAAGAAUCAUCUCUUAUUGCUCCAGUGUUACUACAAGAGGAAACUUAAAUUAAACUAACUUUAUUUAUACUGGGUAUAGCUCUAUCAGUUCUAAACUGUUCUUCCUAUAGAGGUCCAGCAAGGAUCAUCUCUUGUUGAUCCAGUUAACGUUACUACAAGAAGAAACUUAAACUAAACUAACUUUAUUUAUACUGGAUAGCUCUAUGAGUUCUAAACUAUUCUCCCUAGAGGUCCACCAAGGAUUAUCACUUAGUAAACCAGUGUUACUACAGGAGGAAACCUAUGAUAGGUUGGCAAGCAGGAAUUUUGUCCGCGCUGAUCAGUAAAUUGUUCUAGCGAGCGCAAAAUGUUCAAAUUUAUACAAAAUGUGCAACAGCAGACUGUUUUAUUUUGUCAAAGGUUGUCCAGUGUAUGGCAAAAUCGAGAAGUCGUGUUCGAUUCACACAUUUCCCCUGGAGGACGAUGAGUAUCUCACUUCGGUGGAGAUCCGAGCGGGCGCGUGGGUUGACGGGAUACGUUUUCACUCAAAUAUGAAAUCUUCAAUUUGGUUCGGUGGCCAAGGCGGGAAUUGGUACCGAAUGACGCCAUCAGACGGAGAAUGUAUUGCAGGAAUCUUUGGGACUUUUGGGGACUAUCUUGGAUCACUUGGUAUACAUUUGAGAAAGAG